CCGAGAUUUGGGCGGGGGCUGCGGGGCCGAGGCCGGAAGCGAGAGAGGACAGUGCCAUGGCGGAGGCAGACUCCAAGACCGUGCAGGAACUCACCGCUGUGGUGCAGACGCUGCUGCAACAAAUGCAGGACAAAUUCCAGACCAUGUCGGACCAGAUCAUUGGCCGCAUUGACGACAUGAGCUGCCGCAUUGACGACCUGGAGAAAAACAUUGCCGAUCUCAUGACCCAGGCCGGAGUGGAGGAACUGGAAGGGGAGAACAAGGCGGCUCCGGCCAAGAAUUCAAGUGAGGAUGUUAAAUGAGGCAGUGUCCGCCGGCCCGAAGGGGCAGGACUCUUGCAAUAAUAAUCUAUGAUGGGUGCUGGAAAUGAAUGUUUUUACAAGCCUACAGGGAUUUCCAGAUGAUGGCUAGUGUGUUGAAGCAUUUUUCUACGGCUGUAGAAACCGCAUUCUUGAUGUACCUUGUCUCACUACAAUUUCUAUCCUGAUUUCUUGUGUAUUGUGAGUUUAACACAGUUUUGAAAAUUAUCGCAUUCUGGUUAUUUUAAAAAAGAAAGAGCCUGGUGGAGUUCAGCCAAAAGUACGGACGAGUGGAUUUUAGUCAUGUUGUCCUUUUACACAAGCAUGCAAAAUAACUGUGUUGUGAAUACGUAGCUGUUUUUACAAAAGUGUCACAGAACUAAAAUAGUCGAAAGCCAUGUCUCUCUUUUGACCUCCCCCAUGCUGUUUUACUCUGAAGGCCAACAACUAAUGGAUCACAAAAGUAAACACUGAUUUUUUGAAAUAUAUAUUGUUCUAUAACAGGCAUGGGCAAACUUUGGCCCUCUUUCCGGUUGUUUUGGACCAACUCCCAGAAUUCCUGGCCUCAGGCUUAAGCGACUGAGGCCAGCUUAAGUGACUGAGGGGGAAAAGGAAAGGGCCUGAGGUCAGGAAUUGUGGGAGUUGAAGUUUAAAUAUCCGGAAGGAGGGCCAAAGUUAGCCCAUGCCUGUUCUAUAGAGUCUGCUUUAUUUUAGGAUGUACGGAUUUGGGUAACAGAGACCUGAGAGGAGAGAGAAAAAGAGCAGGGCUUCCUCAAAUGGAGCCAUUGCAGGUGUCACAACCUUUAUCCGAAAUGACCUGAAAUUGCCCUUAUUUUGUGGAUGAGAGAGUGACGCUUUUGCUUUCUGAUGGUUCAGGUUUUGUUUGAUGCACAAAUUAUUUUAAAACAUUGUAUAUGACUUUCAAGCUGUGUGUAUGAAACAUAAAUGAAUUUGUUUAGACUUUGGUUCUAUCUCCAAGACAUCUCAUUAUGCAUGUGCAAAUAUUUCCAAAUCGGGGGGUGGGAAAUUUCCAGGACUCCUGAUCCCAAGCAUUUCGGAGAAAGGGCACUCCACCUGCAAUAGGACUACAGUUGUUGCUCUUCCACUUUUUCAACCUAUAUUGGGAUAGACAUACUAGGAAGGACAGCAAGUCCCAUCUGCUCUUGUGAUGGUGGGCCUACCUGAGUUUUGUCUGGUGGGAGGAGAGAGAGUGACCCAUGCCCUGCCAUUUUAUAAUUAUCACUUGUCAAGAAGGUUUGCUGUUGUUUAUCUUGGAUGCCAGUACAUAGAAAAAGAAGUGUCUGCCUUACAAGCUGUUUUUGCCACAGCUAGGAAUGCUUAGCAUAUGGUACCUACUAGGCAUGGGCAAUCCAUGGUUCUAAAUGGUUCUAAAGUACUUAACAAAACUGUGGGGUGCCGGUGCUUUGCUUCUAAAGUAUUUCUAAAGUUCUGGUGGUGAAAAUUUCAGAACUCUUAACAAGACUUUCAAAAUUUCAUUAUAAAUGGCAGUUCUUAAUUGGUUCUGUCACAAAAAUUGCCAAUAAUGAAAUUUCGAAACUUUUGUUAAGAGUUCUGAAACUUUUGUUAAGGCCACAGGGAGGAGGGAGCAAGCUUGUUUUCUGCUUCCUUGGAGACUAGGACGCGGAACAAUGGCUUCAAACUACAAGAGAGGAGAUUCCAUCUGAACACGAGGAAGAACUUCCUGACUGUGAGAGCCGUUCAGCAGUGGAACUCUCUGCCCCGGAGUGUGGUGGAGGCUCCUUCUUUGGAAGCUUUUAAACAGAGGCUGGAUGGCCAUCUGUCAGGGGUGAUUUGAAUGCAAUAUUCCUGCUUCUUGGCAGGGGGUUGGACUGGAUGGCCCAUGAGGUCUCUUCCAACUCUUUGAUUCUAUGAUUCUGAAAUGUUCAGCACCAGAACUUUAGAAACACUUUAGAACAGUGGUUCUCAACUUGUGGGUCCCCAGGUGUUUUGGCCUACAACUCCCAGAAAUCCCAGCCAGUUUACCAGCUGUUAGGAUUUCUGGGAGUUGAAGGCCAAAAUAUCUGGGGACCCACAGGUUGAGAACCACUGCUUUAGAAGCAAAGCACAAGCUUUAGAAACAAUUCAGAAGAAAAGCACCAGCGCCCCUUAGUUUUGCAAGUACUUUAGAACCAUUUAGAACCAUGGAUUGCCCAUGCCUAGUAUCUACAAAACCCCUUUGAAUGUAGUGUUGAAAUGAAUGGCCGCUGGGUACAUUGUGCCACAUUUGCUUAAGACCUCCCACUUCACCAAGUGUGUCUGCUCAGACUUAAAGAAUGGGAAUCAUGCGGACUGCCAGAGGAUAGUGGAGUGCAUUUCCCAGCAGCCCUAGCUACCUGGUGAAUGCUGGGAGCUGCUAUCCAAAAAUGUCCAGAGUGCGGCCUAUUCUGAAGCAAGGGGAUUUAGGAUUGCAGCCUAAAGGUGUCAGGAGUAGGUCAUGAUUUCAGAAGAAGAAACCAUUUACUUUUCUUCUGUAGCUUAUAAAAUGCCUUCAUCCCAUCUGAGUAGGGCAAGUGUGGACCUCUUGGUAUUGUUGAUUUGCAGCUUCUAGCAUUCCUCACCAUCGGCCUAGAGUUGAUGGGACUUGCAGUCCAGCUAUUAGAGGAGCGCACUCUCUUAAUGAGGCUGGGGAAUGAACAAGACCUAGUCCUUUGGGGUAUUCACGUAUAAAUAGCCAAGAGGUUUGUAGUUUACGCUCCUGCCCCAAAACACACUCAAGCUAACUUUGUGCCAUCCAUCACAUUUGGCGAGAUGCGUGUUGUCAUUUUUCAAGACUGUCAAAACUAGAGUUGUCAUCAUUUUGUGUUAAGAAAGCAAGAGGAGAUUCCCAGGGCAAAUAAACCUGGUACUGCCA